AUGCAGGCGUGUAAACUUCAGAUGAGCGAGCUCAAGAAGACCUGCGAGCUUAAUCAAGCACAGUGCCGUCUAAAGUUGCGGGACUUCUACGGUGCGAAAAAGGCUUGUGAUGCAGUCCUGGCAGAGGAGCCCACGAACCUCAAGGCACUCUUCCGAAGGGCUAGCGCCAAUCUUCAGCGGAGGGAUUUCGCUGAUGCGCUUAGUGACCUCAAACUCCUCUUGGAGCUAGAUCCCAAAAAUUCCGAUGCAAGACGGCUGCUGCCAGAGGCACAGAAAGGAGCCAAAGAAGGCGAGAAGAAGGCCAGGUCCAUGUACGCCAAAAUGACCAAGAGCCUUGGGACUGGCAGGGAGGACGUAAAGGGCAUUCAGUUUGACUUCGAGCCUGAGCCAGAGUCCUUUUCCGCACUUUUCCUGGACGCGCCUGCUCGAAACACUGCCUCUUGCAAUGCUGGUGACUAUCGUUUGUAUGUAGGUGGAGGUGCCAUAAACAAAGCGUUCGGAGACUUGUUCAAGAAGGAGCAGGGCCUGCAGUUUGGCAGGAUCUCCGAGGACUACCAACAGUUGCACAUGGAGCUCCUCCAUGCAAGUCGGAAGGCUGGCCGGAAACUGGUUUCUGCCCGAGACUUGCCCAAGGCUGCUGAAUUAUUGCCGAAGCUUUCCCUCUUAGCCUCGUUCGGCCGCGCGGCCGAUGAAGUCGAGCCAGAAGGUAUGGAGGGCACUUCGCCGGAACUUCGCGGAGCCAUAGGCUCCGUGUUCAUCGAUGUUUUCCAGCUGGAACAGCGUCCAAUGCACCCGAAGAAUGUGGCGAUGCUGUAUGUGGUCGGACCCAAGGGCGAGGGGGCCACGGGCCCGCUUGGCCCUGGCACUGGUCCACUUUACGACGAGGAUCGCUUCCUGGAGUCACUGGAGGUAUUGGCCACCAAAUCGAUCGAAGCGGUGGCCGAGUACAACGACAUCCGCGAGACCUCAUGUGGCCCGGUGCCGGGGCCACCCAUUGAGGAGGUGCGAUGGUGCUUGGUCAGCGGCGGCGUGUAUCGGCACGAAAGUGUUAGCAAAGUGGACGUUGCCAGAAUCACGAUUCAGGGCAUGAGGGCUGCAAGAGGAGCUGACGGUCUUGUCGUCACGUUUGCCUACGACGAGGACGUAUUUAAGAAGGCGUGGCAAAUAGAAAACAAGAACCUGAAGAGCCAGGCCUGA